AUUUAUUUUCUAUAAACCCUCUCCUCGUCUCUCCCGCCUACCAUCCCUUAUCCUUUCAAUUUCAUCUUCUUCAUAAACCCUCUCCUUCAGUUUCCUCCGGCUUCCCUUUCUUCAAUCAAUGAAAAUGUCUACUAUAACCAAAUCCAUAUCCAUGGCGGAUUCAUGUUGCCUCGUUUGUAUCCCUUCACUCUUAACCACUUGUUCCAAAUCCCCAUCCCUACUCUCCUUUCCCCCAAAACCAAUCAAUCUUUUCCUCUCAUCUUCCCAUUCUUCAACCUCUUUGACCCUCAAAACCAGAACCCAUUUCUCUUCUCUAGUUUCCUUUGUUGCCCAAACAUCAGAUUGGGCUCAACAAGGGGAAGAAAAUGACACCACCAUCACCAUCGAUGAGGAUGAAAGUGAAACUGAAGGGGGGGAAUCGAAAUGGGAAAACGAUGAAAGUGAUGGAGCUGAAGCAAUUUGGGGAACUGAAGGUGAGGAUGCUGGUUUUGAAGAACAAAGUGGUGAUUCAGAAGAAGAGGGUUCUGAACCUUCUGAGGAAGCUAAAUUGUUUGUUGGGAAUUUGCCUUUCGAUGUUGAUAGUCAAAGUCUAGCUAUGCUUUUUGAGAAAGCAGGAACUGUGGAAAUUGCUGAGGUUAUUUACAAUAGAGACACUGAGCAAAGUCGUGGCUUUGGGUUCGUAACAAUGAGUUCAAUUGAGGAAGCUGAGAAGGCUGUUGAACAAUUUAAUCGUUAUGACCUUAAUGGAAGGCUCUUGACUGUUAAUAAGGCUGCUCCUAGAGGAUCGCGUGUCGACCAACCUCCUCGUGUUUUUGAACGUGCUUUUAGAGUCUAUGUAGGUAAUCUUCCAUGGGAUGUUGAUAAUGCUCGACUGGAGCAAGUGUUCAGUGAACAUGGUAAGGUAGUCGAGGCUCGUGUAGUCUAUGAUAGGGAGACAGGCCGAUCCCGUGGUUUCGGUUUCGUGACUAUGUCUUCGGAAACUGAAUUGAAUGAUGCCAUUGCUGCUCUUGACGGACAGAGUUUGGAUGGAAGAGCAAUAAGAGUAAACGUUGCAGAGGAAAGACCAAGGCGAGGCUUCUUUUGAUGUUGAAAGGAUUUAGAUACAUGAUCUACUGCUGUUUGCUUUUUCCUUUUCAUUUUUCCCAAAUAACUUGUCCUAUUUUUCCCCUUUUUUUAAGGUUAAAUUUACAGUUUUUAGUAUAUUUGUAAGGAAUAUAUAUUUUAUCCAUUGUUAUGAAACCAUCAUUUAGAAAAGGUCUA